AUGGCAGACUUGGAAGAACUUUUAGCCAAACUCGAGCGCCGCGCGACUCGCCGCUGUGCGAGCCGCAUUCCUCCAGAGUCGACGUCGGAGGAUUCAUUAACAUCAGCCACCGUUGAAGACGCUCCUGCUAAAGUGGAGUUUGUUCCUGACGCCGUGGGAAUUGGUGCAAUUGGCCACGCUCCUCAACUGGCUGCCGCAGACAAAGAGGGCUGCCCGACCCUUGAUUCCGCAACCGUCACUCAAUCACCACCACCACCUCUUACAACAGCAUCCGCCAUUAGGGUGAUGACGACCUCGUCGGCGGAGACAAAUCCAAUCACCACCGCCACUGCUCUCGUUGGAGAGCUGGAAAACUGGGGAGGAAAUCUAGGAAAGACGCAGCGACAGGUGAUGAGCUCGUCGCUGCGGGGGAAGAAGGAUGACGACGACAGCGGAAACCUUUUCUCGCCGAGGAGGAAGAAGAAGAAGUGGAAGCCGGAGGUUGGAGCUGAAAUCAAUGGACGGUUCCAAGGCGGACAGGGGAAGGGUCGUCAAGUCAUCUCGCCGUCAUCCCGAGGAGCGAGCGCGUCGUCGUGCCGCCAGCUGGGCGAUUCGUCACCGAUUCGCGAAGAAGAGAGGAAAGCGACGAGAAGAGUUGGGUCGAAUAUCCCUCCUAACAGCCUGACGACCUCGUCAUCAGAGAACGAGGGGAAGCAAGCAUCGCCAGAGAAGAAGUCGUCGGGCCGAUUUCUCCAAGAGAAGAAGGAGAUCGGCGUGAUGGCUCUGCUCGAGCGACUGGAGAUGGCUUUGCCUCGCGGGGAGGCGCGGUCGGGGACAAGACGCAACCCGAUCCUGUCUCUUGUUCCCUAG